AUGCACACUAAAGGGGCUUCUUCAGAUGCCAUCAGAGUUAGCACUUCUAGCGCCCCUAGCACAUCAAGCCAUGGUUCUGCACAAGAUGACUAUGAUUCCUCUGGCGACGUGUACGUGUGGGGUGAAGUCAUUUGUGACAACACUGUAAGAGUUGGUCCUGAUACAGUAAUCAGGUCAACCGGGAAGGCUGAUUUUCUAUUGCCUAAGCCCCUGGAGUCCAAGCUAGUUCUUGAUGUGUACCAUGUGGAUUGUGGGGUCAAGCACGCUGCUUUGGUCACAAAGAAUGGGGAAGUGUUUACGUGGGGUGAGGAAUCUGGAGGACGUCUUGGCCAUGGAUCAAGGGAGGACUCUGUUCACCCUCGUCUGGUUGAGUCGUUAGCUAUUUGUAAUGUGGACAUUGUUGCCUGUGGGGAGUUCCACACCUGUGCUGUGACAACAGCUGGUGAGCUUUACACCUGGGGUGAUGGAACACAUAAUAUUGGACUUCUAGGCAAUGGUACCGAUGUAAGCCACUGGAUUCCUAAAAGAAUUUCAGGAGCACUGGAGGGUCAUCAAGUUGCUUAUGUUUCUUGUGGGACCUGGCAUACAGCCUUGGUUACAUCGAGAGGGCAGCUAUUUACGUUUGGCGAUGGUACAUUCGGAGUUUUAGGACAUGGAAACCGUGAAAGUUUUUCAUGUCCAAAGGAGGUAGAGUCUUUAUCGGGGUUGAAAACAAUCGCUGUGGCUUGUGGUGUAUGGCACACUGCAGCUGUUGUAGAAGUUAUAGUCACCCAAUCCAGUUCAAGUAUGUCUUCUGGGAAGCUCUUCACAUGGGGAGAUGGCGACAAACAUCGGCUUGGUCAUGGUGACAAGGAACCAAGACUUAAGCCUACGUGUGUGGCUUCACUUAUUGAUUAUGAUUUCUGCAGGAUAGCAUGUGGUCAUAGUCUUACUGUAGGACUGACAACAUCUGGACAGAUUCUGAGCAUGGGUAAUACUGUCUACGGUCAGCUUGGGAAUCCUCGUUCAGACGGUAAACUUCCAUGCUUAGUUGAAGAUAUCAUGGGUGAACAUGUUGUCCAAGUUGCAUGUGGUUCCUACCAUGUUGCAGUCUUAACAAAUAAGAGUGAGGUUUUUACAUGGGGAAAGGGGGCCAAUGGAAGACUGGGUCAUGGAGACAUAGAGGAUAGGAAAAUACCUACACUGGUUGAAGCAUUGAGAGACAGGGCUGUUAGGCACAUAGCUUGUGGUUCAAACUUCACUUCAGCUAUAUGCCAACAUAAAUGGGUUUCUGGAGCUGAACAGUCGCAAUGUGCCUCAUGCCGGCAACCAUUUGGGUUCACCAGGAAGAGGCAUAAUUGCCAUAAUUGUGGUCUUGUCCAUUGUAAUGCUUGCACCUCACAUAAGGUCCUGAGAGCAGCAUUGGCUCCUAAUCCUGCAAAACCAUACCGUGUUUGCGAUUCAUGUUUUAUGAAAUUGAACAGUGCAGCAUACUCAAGUGCAGUUAAUAAGAAGAAAGAGGUUGUGCCUCGCCACUCUGGUGAAAGCAACAAUGAUGCUAAAUUAGCUAGAGCAAUUGUGCCCAGCAAUUUGGAUAUGAUUAGAAGUUUGGACAGCAAGGCAGCAAAACAAGGGAAGAAAACUGAUGCACUGUCAUUCCUUCGGACUCCCCAAAUGAGUUCACUUCUUCAGCUAAAAGAUAUCGCUUUAUCUGGUGGAAUUGAUCUGAACAAGUCAGUUCCAAGAGCAGUUCGCACACCAGUUCGAUCAUUGAACUCAUCUAGGGCUGUUUCCCCUUUCUCUCGCAAGCCUAGUCCACCACGCUCAACCACACCAGUUCCAACAACUCAUGGUCUUUCAAUUGCUAAAACUGCUGCUGAUAGUCUUGCAAAAACUAACGAGAUGUUAAGUCAAGAGGUUGAAAGACUCCGUGCACAGGUUGAUAAUCUGAGGCACCGCUGCGAGCUUCAAGAACUUGAGUUGCAGAAAUCAGCAAAAAAAGUACAAGAAGCCAUGACAAUGGUUUCAGAGGAAUCUGCAAAGUCUAAAGCUGCUAAGGAAGUCAUAAAGUCCCUAACAGCACAGCUCAAGGAUAUGGCUGAAAGACUACCUCCAGAUCAGGGAGCCUAUGAUGGCAGUGAAGCAAAACAAAUGCACGUUCCAAAUGGCAUUGAGAUGUAUGCUUCUAUUUACACUGGCAUGAAUGGUAUUCAUCAGCCACGGAACGAGUCUAUCAGUGCUGUAAGCACGCCAAGCCUGAACAUCGGACGAUCAUUGCACCCAAAUGGAAUAUCAAAUCAGCAUAAAUCGCCAGGAAGUAUUAGUGAAAACAGCGAAGUGAGUGCUCACACCCAUAGGGUUUCAGGUCCUGAUGCUGAAAAUCCUAAUCGAAGGGGACAUAGCAGUAGUGAUGAGAUGCUCAGUGCAAGCAGUAGAGCAGAUGAUAGUAGCAGCAAGGAUGCUAGGUUGCUUUUCAAUGGCGAGGAUGGUUACAAAUCUCGGAGUGCAGUAUCUUUGCCCAGCAACCAAGUUCAGGCUGAGUGGAUUGAGCAGUAUGAACCAGGUGUAUACAUAACACUGACAACUCUUCGUGAUGGGACCCGAGAUCUAAAGCGCGUACGCUUCAGUCGAAGGCGUUUUGGGGAGCAUCAGGCAGAGAGCUGGUGGAACGAGAAUCGUGACAAGGUCUACGAGAAGUACAAUGUAAGGAGCUCUGAACGAGUCUCGUCGGCAUCAUCGAUCCGGUCAGCUCGAUGA